AUGGCCGCUGAGGCCGGACGUUUGUCGUCCGUGGCCCUCCCGAUGCAGGCUGCAAUAGGGCAGGGACUGAAGCAGGAGGGGCUGGAUUUGGUAGGCCUCGAACCAGAGAAAGGAAGGGGAAAAGACCCUCAGGUCAUCCCGGCCAGAGUGACCGGGGAAUUCUGGGAAAGAAGCCCCCCAGAAGAAGGAAAAUGGGAUCUGAGGGAAGGGUUGCAACAGAGCUGGGAAAGCCUAUGGCAGGAAUUCCUGAAGAAAAUGGAGUCCGUCCAUUCAGACCGGAGAGCCCCACAAACACCAGGGCCUGUGCCAGUUGGCAUUAGCAAGAAUUUUCUGCCCCACUUGGAGGGAGCGGCUGGAGCCAGAACGACCAAAGUCCAUUUAGGCCUCAGCUCAGAGAUCCAACCCACUGAGAGCCACCUGUCAGGGAAGGAUCUCGCAGGUUGUGUAAAAGUGAAGGAAGAAGCGCCGGACGAAGUGGUCUCUGACUCUGAGGCCCAACGCCUCUGUUUCCGGCGGUUCGGCUACCGAGAGGCUGAGGAGCCCCGAGCAGCGUGUGUCCGACUCCGGGAACUUUGUCAUCAGUGGCUGAAGCCGGAAAAACACAACAAGGGGCAAAUUGUGGAGCUGGUGGUCCUGGAGCAGUUCCUGGCUGUCCUGCCCUCGGAGAUGCAGAGCUGGGUACAGGGAGGCGGACCGGAGAGCUGCUCCCAUGCAGUGGCCCUGGCUGAAGAGUUCCUGCUGAGGCGGCGAGAGGCCAUGGGGCAGGGAGAGCAGCAGGUGCUGGAUCGCCCGAAGGAAGAGGUGGUGUAUCUCCCCGAGACUCACGGCGCUCUGCGAGAGGCCUGGAAGAAGCCGAUUUUCCAGGAAGUGAAACGAGAAGGCGAUGGAGCCACUAGCCUCUUGGGUGACGAGUGGGUGCGUGGAAAAGAGCAAAGAGAGGCUGGAAAUGACGUGGAAGCGGAACCCCCUGAGGCAUUACCAAGAAGAGCAGAACAGGAUACAUCUCAGCGUCCAAAGUGGGGCGAUGAGGCCCCUGAGAUACAGGAGAGAAACUUCCCAGCAAAAGAAGGGGACACAUUUAUUAAUUGUGAGGACAGGUCGGAGGACUCGGAGAUUAGAGUCUUCCAGCAAGGUAGCCCCAAGGAUGAGGAUGAGAAUGGUCACUUCGGAUGCUUGAGAGAAGGAUCCGACCUUCUGGAGCCUGGAAUAACCCAAAUAAACAGAGCUCCGUUUCAGUGCCCCAAUUGUGGGAAAAUGUUUAGCCGGAGGUCGGUCCUCGUGAACCAUCAGAGGAUCCAUACGGGGGAGAAGCCGUUCAAAUGCUCCGUUUGCGGAAAAGGGUUCCGCCUGCGCUCCCAACUCAUCAACCACAAGAGAAUCCACACGGGAGAGAAGCCGUAUAGUUGCCUGGAGUGCGGGAAAAGCUUCGGCGACCCCUCGCACCUGAUCAGGCAUAAGAGGACCCAUACGGGGGAGAAACCCUAUAAGUGCUCAACCUGCGGGAAGAGCUUCUGCACAGGGACCGAGCUCCUCAUGCACGAGAGAACCCACACGAGCGAGAAACCGUGUCGGUGCCCCGACUGCGGGCAAAGCUUCAGCAGGAAGUCUGUCCUUAUUAACCACCAGAGAAUCCACACGGGAGAGAAGCCGUAUAAAUGCCCGGAGUGCGGGAAAUGCUUCCGGCAGCACUCGCAGCUCAUGAACCACCAGCGAAUCCACACGGGGGAGAGGCCCUAUGUGUGUUUGGAUUGUGGGAGGAGCUUCAGCGACCCGUCGCACCUCAUCAGGCACAAGAGAACCCACACGGGAGAGAAACCCUGCAAGUGCUUGGUGUGCGGGAAGAGCUUCAGCACCAGCGCCUACCUUAUCACUCAUUUAAGAAUCCACACGGGAGAGAAACCGUACCAGUGCUCGGAGUGCGGGAAAAGCUUCAACCACAAUUCGGCCCUCGUGGCGCACGAGAGGCUCCACCGGGGGGAGAGGCCGUACAAAUGCGCAGACUGUGGGAAGAACUUCAACAGCAGCUCGCAACUUAUCACUCAUCAAAGAAUCCACACUGGAGAAAAACCCUACAAGUGCACCGACUGUGGCAAAGAUUUCACCAGGCGGACUGAGUUGGUGACUCACCAGAGAGUCCACACGGGGGAAAAGCCAUACAGAUGUGCAGAGUGUGGGAAAAGCUUCAGCCAACGAUCACACCUGAUCACGCACGAGAGGAUUCACACGGGCGAGCGGCCGUACAUGUGCAUGGAGUGCGGAAAGAGCUUCAAUAACAAUUCGAGCUUCAUUGUGCAUAAGAGGACCCACACGGGGGAGAAACUUUACACAUGUUCUGUCUGCGGGAGAAGCUUUAGUGACCAUUCAAACUUCAAUAAACAUCAGCUUAUGCACGGAUAA